AUGCCUGACGGUCGAGAUUUGGAGGUUAAGCUUGAACAAGAAGAAACAGUUCCAUCUUGGGAUGACGAGGAUCAGAGAGUGGAUGCAGACUUCCGUAGUGUGGCGGGGAAGAUGCAGCUACCCAAGUUGGUCAGGUACGCAGUCGAAGCAGGAGAGGAGAGGAAGGUAGGAUGGAACGGGCGGACAUCAACUGCCUGCCUGCCGGGACGGGAGUCAAUUGCUGGAUGCUACCCUAAAGUGCCCACCAAAUUUAGGCCUGCGAUGGCAUCGCUUUAUGAUGAUGAACCAUUCAAGAACGCUAUAGUAGCAUAG